UGUGGAUCGCAGUGAAUUUGGGGGGGAUGCGGUUGUCCGUGAAGCCGAAGCAUGCGCUUGCAGCAAACGCUGGACAUCCUGUUGUCUUCAUAUGAUCUGGUUUGCGUUAACGCAUGCAAAUAAACACACAGAAGGGUGAGAAUACAGCAGGUUAAUAGGCGGGACUUCCUCCGGGCACAAACGAGUCCGGCUGUUUAUCUUUGGUGUGCAGCGCAAGGCGAGCCCAGUGCGGGAUCAGAUAACAAGGUUGAGUCAUCACACACCAUCACUAUGCUUGGCUGCUUGCUGCGAGGAGACUGCAGUGCUCUGGUCUGCCUGUGGGUCCUGCUGCUGCCUCUGGUCUCCCUUCAUCACUUGAACCAGCAAACCACCCAAAGUGUGAAGGACCGACCCAAGCUGCUGCUCAUCUCCUUUGAUGGCUUCCGCUGGGAUUAUGUUGACCGGGUCCCAACACCAAACUUCCACAACCUCACGGUAGAAGGGGUGACAGUAGAGCAGGUGCAGAGUGCUUACAUUACCAAAACCUUCCCCAACCACUACAGCUUGGUGACGGGGCUGUAUGCUGAGACGCAUGGCAUUGUGGCCAAUGAGAUGUUUGACCCCAUUUUGAACCGGUCCUUCUCCAUGGAGACGGACAGUAUUUAUGAUUCCCGGUGGUGGGAGGCAGCAGUGCCUCUCUGGGUGACCAUCCAGAAAUCUGGAGGGCGGAGCGGGGCGGCGAUGUGGCCGGGGUCUGAUGUGAAGAUCCAUGGCACAUUCCCCACUCAGUACCUCCCAUACAACGCCUCAGUCCCCUUUGAAACCCGGGUAGAACGGAUUAUUGAGUGGUUCUCUGCACCCAAAGAGGAGGCCGUGGAUUUUGGAGUUCUGUACUGGGAGGAGCCAGAUGAGAGUGGGCACAUCCUGGGACCUCAGAGUUCCCUCAUGGAUGAAAUCAUCGCUGGGAUUGAUGAGAAGCUAGGCUUCCUCAGGAAUGAGCUAAAGAAGGCCGGGCUGUAUGAGAAAGUGAACCUCAUAGUGACCAGUGACCAUGGGAUGACGCAGCUUUUCAGUGAUAAGAUCAUAGAACUGGAUGAAUAUGUGAGCAGAGACCUGUACACCUGGGUGGAUAAGAGUCCGGUGGUGGGAAUAUUGCCCAAAAAAGGGAAGCUUGAAGAGGUGUACAGUAAGCUUGCAGAUGCAAACCCAUACAUGGUGGUGUACAAGAAGGAAGACAUUCCCGAGCACUUCCAUUAUCAACACAACGCCAGGAUCAUGCCCAUCCUCAUAGAAGCCAAGGAAGGCUGGACCAUCGUGCAGAACAGGACCGCACCCUUCAUGAUGGGAAACCACGGCUAUGACAACACCUUACGUAGCAUGCAGCCUGUGUUUGUGGCCCGUGGGCCAGCCUUUCGCCAGAAUUACGUCAAGACCUCCAUGCGCUCUGUUGACCUUUACCCUCUAAUGUGCCACAUCCUGUCCAUCCACCCUCUACCAAACAACGGCUCCCUCUUAAACGUUCAGGACCUCCUGUCUGUGGAGCCAACUCUGUCCGCACCCAGCAUCCCUCCCAGGGUCAACGGGCAUUCCUACGCCCCUGUUGUUGGUUCUCUCCUUGGUGUGGUGUUGGUGGUGGGCUUUCUGGUGGUCUACAUCAGACAAGUGACGCUCAAACAGCUGCCCUCACUAAGACACAGAAGCAGGGAGAUGUCACAGCCCUUACUGCAAGAGGACUUGCACCUGUAGCUGAAGAAACAGAAAGGAUGGCAGACAUAAAAGAAGAGGAGGUAUUGCUCCCCAAAGUAGUCCACUCUGUCCAGAAGCAUCCCCUAUAGGCCUCCCUUACACCACUAAAUGCCACUGUGCUGCUCUUUUUAUUAGUUGGAGAUCAAGGGAAUCUAAUCUAACCUCCUAAUCAUGUAUAGAGGUGCUUGCUUGAGUGUAAGGGAAAUGUCUGGGGUUUGCUUCUGGUGCAGGCUUAAUCAAGAUAAUAAACCUUUACAUGGGCUUUAUAGUGGCUUUGCUUUGAUUGUGAAUUUUACCUAAUAUCAUCUCAUCAUUUUCAUUGUCACUCAAUGAGUAAAUAUUCCAAGCGCAGAGUGGAAUUUUAACCUGCGUUUCUGGAAAGUCUGAACCUUUGUUGGCCAAAACCAUGACAUGGAUAACGUUAAGGUGUCAGUCUGCUCAAAACGAACUAGCUUGUACAAUGUGUCGUCCGAAGAACAUCUGAAGGCAAAAGCACACCACACUCAAAAAGCCUGCUGUCAUAGAGAGGCAAUAAUUGUUGAAAUGGGGAUGACAGCGCACACUUUCAGACAAUCUUUCUUUGAUGGCAUUCAUAGUGUUGUGCUUGUUUGUACAUAGGAAAACGUAAAGAAUUAUGUAAGGAAUGGAAAAAAAAGGACGGCUUAAGGGUUCAACUAAGUUCAAACUAGAUUUACUUUCUCACUUCCACACAGACGGCCAGUUGCGUGAAGUGGGUGUGAUUAUGUGGUUAUUGGUUUUGGAAAGUUACAUGAAUUGUCAGACACAGUCCACCCAUUUCCGACAUCUGUAAGGUGUGAAGGGAAGUGUGUCUCAGUUGCUAUAUAAACAAUCUGAAAAGCACUUUGUUUGAAGCAAACUGACACCUUAACCUGUGACAGUAAUGGACAGGCAUGGACAUAAGUAAAUUUGGUUUGUAUGACAUUUUCAAAUCUAUGCAGAACAGAUUUGUAUGUCUGUAAGGUAAAGAAAGCGAAAGUGGAAAUACAAAUACUGUGAUUAAUCUUUAAAGUAUUCAAAAUUCAACUAGUGUCAGGAAUUAUGGCUCGGUUCAGACAGUGUUACUUUUGAAUGUUUCCUGGAAGCAGAUGUUCCACUGAAGAUCUCACUCAAUGUGCCAGGCUCAUAUGUGUAGGUCAUUCCCAUGAGCCGAUCACGUCAUGUCCUCGCUCUUUUAGCAGUCAGUUACCAUUAGCCUUUUAACUUAACGGAGAACAUCUCUCUAAGGUGUGCAAUCGUUUGUGUGUUAGUUUUUUGUAGAGUUUCUGUUGGGGGGGUAUAUUUCUGUAUAGAAGACUGUGUAUCACCCUCCUCUUUAUUUGUUGACUGUCAUAACCAUGUCCAUUUGUUGGUGAAAUGUGAAGUGCAAUUGCUAUUGGUCAGUAUUUUGUCUUAGGGAUUUUAAGGGUUUUGUUGUUGCUUGGUUGAGAAGACUAUUUCGGCAUGACUUGCAAGAACUGUUCCCCUGAUUUGCACUACAGGAUAGACAUGAAACAGAACGAAGGGGCAGUAGUUGGAUGCUUUUUAGGUCAUGUAUAAUUUGCACUUCUUGUUCGUAGUUGCUGUUUGAAAUAAUGAAAAAAAGAGUUAGGUGCCUCUUGCCAAAAAGCUUUUUAAUCAGCAUAAUCGUAGGAAGACAAGUAGAAUCCAAAUCAGUAAAUUAUUAUGCCAGUAAAUUAUUCUAAUAGUUUUACACCAUAUUUUAAGAAAUUGGUUCAAUUUUCUCUUUAUGCUUUUAGAUGCAUUAACGAAUACUUGUGCCCAUAAAAUGACAGACAUCACUGUGAUAAUAUACUUUUUACGAAAUUUAAAUUCUUAAAUUGAACGCAUUUGUAUGGAAAUUGUUAAUUUUCUGAUAAUUGUCUUAUUUUAUGAAAGAAAAGUGUUGUCUGAUAAUUUCCCCUGACUUGUUGACAGAGAAAUGAAAUAUAUCCACAAUAUAUUUGCAUAAUUCAUUAGAAAUUGUUAGAGAAGAAUGAGAUCAGUUGAAUACUACCUUGGAUUUGAAAAAUGGAUAUUUAAUAUCAUUUACAAAUUAACUAUCUUUGCCAUGUAAAUGCAAUUAAAGAGUCUUCAGAAAUUAAAGGGACUUAUGUGAAA